CUGACGCCCGCGCCCGCCUUUGCCCUGCGUCGAGCGUCGACGUUGGUCGCCUUGCUUGUCUCGCAUCCCCCCGGCCCUGCGUCUGGACUAUUGUCCUCGGGCCUGAUUCGCCCUGCGCCUACCCAUCUGUCCGUUCUCUCAUCUUCCACUCUCGCCUCCCGGAGUACUGCCACACCGAAGGAACGACUUUGGCCCCCGAGGAUGCAGCACAACGGAGGACACGCUCUCAGCAGCCGGUCACCGCCUGCAGCCAACACCAAGUCUCUUCAGACCCAGGCCCAAUCUCAGAGUCAGAGUUUAAACGACUUGGACUCUGACGACGGCGGCCAGUUGAAUAGCGCCGACGAGAACGACCUCGAUCAGGACGAUCAGGAUGUUACCCGUCUUGGGAAGCGCAAGAGACCCAUAUCUGUCUCUCGCAAUGGUGCUCUCUGCGAGUACAAGGAACGCAAGAAGCCCGGUCUUCGCGCCGGUUACGGCCGCGAACUCGAGCAACGUCUGGACAAGCUCGAAGAGAUUCUCAGAUCUCACGCCGAGAUCCUCCAUGCCACUCUAGCAUCUAACCAACACAAUGGCGCUGCGCCAAGUAUACGGAACAGCAAUCCGAGUCUGCCGAGUGACCACGGCACCCCACGGGAGACUGCGAACCUAUUUCGGCCGUCCGAGUCUAUUCGGACGCCACAGGCUGAGACUGCUCUCUUCCUGCAGAAGCCGUCCACUUAUCCACCCACCACGCAGUCCAUGGAGUUCGGCAUGCCACCUCCUACUCCCUCUAUGCACGAGUUCCAGGGACAGAUGCCCAUGACUAGCAUGCCCGCGCCGAGCCAUGUCACGGCCAUGUCUCACCCCAGCAGUGCCGCUCAAGAGUACUAUGGAACGAAUCAAACGCACCUUCACUCACCGGAUGUCCCGAUGGCUCAGAGCCAGACCACGACCACGCCAGAUCAAGAUCUCCCUCCCUACGACCUGCUCUAUGCUCUCGUCGACCUGUACUUCAAACACAUCAACACAUGGUGUCCGAUUCUCCACAGGAAAACGACGUUAGACUCGCUGUUUGGGCCAUCCACCCUGGAAGAGACUGACCGCAUUCUACUCCACGCCAUCGUUGCUACCACCCUUCGAUAUUCGUCAGAUUCGAGGCUCACGGAGGAGAGCCGCCAGCACUAUCACUCUAUAUCCAAGCAAAGGGUCUUGUUGUACGGCAUGGAGAACUCCUCAGUCAAGUCUCUGCAGGCUUUAGUUAUUCUGGCUCUCGACUUGGUGGGUAGCAGCAAUGGACCUCCUGGGUGGAACAUCAUGGCUCUGAUUACCAGGUCGGUCGUCCAACUUGGCUUGGCAGUUGAGAGUACCUCGUUUUCGGUUUCACCCAACUUUACCUCGAUAUACACGUUGAGGGCCAUGAUCUUACCCGAGCCCAAGGACUUCAUCGAGGAGGAAUCCCGACGACGACUGUUCUGGAUGAUCUACCUUCUGGAUCGAUACGCCACGUUGGCUACCGCAUUUGAGUUCGCUCUCGAUGACAAGGAAAUCGACCGAACUCUGCCUUGCCGGGACGAUUUAUGGAUCAAGAAUCAAAAAGUCGAGACGCGAUGGUUCCGGACACAAGACCACCCAGAGGACACAAACCCCGAAUACGACAUCAACAAGCCCGAGAACCUCGGGGCGUUCUCAUAUUACAUUGAGAUCUUGGCUAUCCUCUCCAAGAUCCACAAGUUCCUCAAGCAACCUGUGGAUAUCAGCGCCCUCAGCGACGUUGAGCAGUGGCAGAUGCGCUACAAGGAGCUCGACAACAUGUUGACCUCCUGGAAGUUUGGUCUACCCGGCGAGUAUGGCAACAUGGCCAAGUUGUUCCAACCCGGAAACAAAACACUUAAUUGUGGCUGGGUCAUGCUCCAUGCUACGUAUCACACUGCCGUCAUACGCCUGCAUUCGUCAGCAGCAUACCCAACCACACGAUCCCCAAUCUUCACGCCCUCCUACAGCGCCUCGCAGAGAUGCCACGGUGCAGUCGAAAACAUUGCUGCACUGGGCGAAUUCGUCGUCAACAAUGGACUCCUCGCAAAGCUGGGGCCUCCUUUCGCCUUCACUCUCUGGGUGGCAUCCCGUUUGCUGCUCGUUCACGGAUCUACCGUGGAGCACAAGCUGUCACCUCAAAUCCAGUUCUUCGUGGAAACACUCCGUGAGAUGGGGAGGUAUUGGCCGGUGGCUGCCCGCUACUGCGGUCUUCUUCAACGCGUUUUGGACGAGCACCGCGAUAGUGAACGCCAGGGAGACGGCGUCACGCCCAGUUCGGUCAAGAUAUUGGCCGACAUGCGGCGAACUGCAUUCGACCUCGACUUUCUCAUUUCUCGGCAACCUCGUGCGAACGGCAUGCCCAAUCACAGCCGUCUGCCAAGCGUAACUCCAGCGCGCACGCCGGCGCCUAACGAGCUCGAGUACCUGGACGUGUUCGACUUCUUCAACGUGCCUCGUCUGCCCGUGGGCAACGAGAACAUUGCCGGAAUACAGCACGCUGUCGGGGCCAACAACGGGCCAAACGGGGCGUCUGCCGGCGUGGACGGCGGCAGCGAGAACGGCGGCUCCAACGCCCCGGCCCCUACGGGCAACGAAUUCAACAUCACGAACUUUAUGGUCGACGCGAACAGCGAUUGGCUCUUCAAACAGGAGGGGGCCAAGUUCCUGUCUUGA